AUGGCUUUCCGUCAGCCAACUCUCCAGUCGAUGCAGCGGGCUGUAAAGCCCGCCGCUGAGAAUCGUGAAUCUGCCGGGGAACAAUCCCAGGCCCAGCGCCAACUCCACCAGCCCCUUGACCAGUCCCAGACAUGGGUCUUAUUCGCACCAGCAACAGAAGGGGCCACGACCGCCUCUGACUUCAGCGAGACGAUCCCGUCCAUUCAAACGACCGGCAGAUUACAGCUCAGCGACAUUGGGAGCAUCCAUACGGCUGCGAGAUCCACACAAAUAAACAACGAUGAGAGAGGCUCCAACGCCCCCUCAGAGAUUGAAGAAGAAGAUGCCGAGCUGGACAGACUAGACAGCCACCUGCCUUCUUUCCGCUCGUUCCCCAGAGAGGAAGAUCAGAAUAUGGAUGAUUCUCAUUUCUCAAAUCCCGUAUUUCCUCAACAUGAUGGCCUUGGGCUGUUCAAUAUCGGCCAACCAGCACUGGGUCUCGAUGCCCAAGAUCAAAUGUAUCAGUUCGAGAAGUACAAUCCAAGGAGGGUACAUCUCAGGCACGAAAGUCUUGAUCUUGCAAACCAGGAAUUGGAUUCCGAGCGUUCCCAGGAAGCAGAGAAAAGGCAAAGGAUCGAAGCUUGGCGACUCGAGCACAGCCGCGUCCUCGUGGAGGAAAUUCAGAGACAGACGAGAAGAAGAAGACGCUCCCAGGCGUCUCUUCGACAAGUACAGACAUUUCACAGCACAAAUGAUGAACAUGCGGCCGUCAAUGCUGAGAGCAUGUCGGAUAAUCUGACGUGGCAUGACGACGACGCCGACGUGUCAACGGGCGAACCUGACGGCCUCCUAGCUCGAGUUACGCAAAAGGUGAUCAAGGAUCUCCUGGGGAUUGAUGAUCAUCUUCUGUCGAUUCUUUUUGGAGAAUCAUUCCCUGAGGACGAAACCUUAUCCAGCACUCCUCGAGCAUUGCAUCUCGGUGAUCGAAUGCCGCUCACACCUACAGACGAGCAUUCUUGGCAUGAACGUGUCGCAAACACUGUGUCAAGAGAAAUCGGACUUCUAGUUAACCAGAUAUCGCACCAUCCAGGUGCAUUUUCUAGUUACUCCAGGAUUCAUCAGCAGCCUUUGCCUUAUGCCGGACUACCUGUCAUCCCCGAGACAGGUCUAUCGCAGGUCAAUGACGAGUCAACUGUUAGCCUUGAAUCCGAAAAGACUCUUGGCCAAGAUUUCCGGCCCACGAUCCAAAGGGCUCAAACAAUGCCCGAAAGCCACAAGCAACCGGCAGUAGUCGAAGAAAGCACAUCGGCAAAUACCUUUACCAAGGAAGAGUGGGAGAAGGAUCUCGACGUCAAGCUUGUCUUCCGCUAUAUUUGCUCCCGCUUUAACAUCCGUGCCAGCAGCCCACCCAGUGUUAGCAGUAGUGGCAAUCUUGCCACGGCAAACACGCAGGAUGCGGCGGCAAAGGCAGCCCGGGUACGGCAACACCACCCGCUCACGUCUCGAGCGCGCCCCACGGAGCGGCGUACUUUCAAGGCCACUACACCCAGCAGCCCUGCAAAGCUCCGGCACCAGAGCAGCUGUGCCAGUCAAAGCACGAGGCGGUCAGCACGGCGUAGCAGUGUCUCGUCCCGACAUUACUGGGAUAUUGGUGGUUCGUUGGGAACAGGUUCUAUGAUCGCAUCUAAUGGUCCAAUGGGAAGCUGGGGCGAACUUUAA